AUGACAUCAAUGGUUGUAAAGGAUUUUAAUGAAUGCGAAUCUUCAGCUAUUAAAUACUGUGAUGAUAAUGCUGUGUGCAUGAAUCUACCUGAUUGGCUAUCAUAUGCUUGUGCUUGUUCUGAAGAUUAUCAAGGAAAUGGUUUUAGCUGUGUGAAAAAAGAAAAGGAAAAAAGCAGCAAACAAUACAUCAUCAUCACUGGCAGUAUUGUGACCAUUAUUUUAUUGAUAAUAAUUGUUGUAUGCAUUGUGAAAUUCAAAAGACUGCAGAAAACAAAGUCUACAGAAAAAUCACUUCCUGAACCUGUUUACACUGAUCUUCCCUAUGUUACCAAUGCAUCUGUGAUUCAAAAUCCUGUUACUGAUGAAGUAUAUGAAGAUGUGAAAGAAUCAAUAGAGUUAAAGACACAUUACACUGGUUUAGUACCUACUGAAGAAGAUGUAACUUACUCUCAAUUGACAUCAAACAAGAAUAAAAAGUCAGAAUAUUACAAAAACAGUUAAAAGAAAUUUAUUCAUGUUUUUAUAUUUUAAAAAUCUUUAUUAGAUAAUGUACAGUUUGUACUAAUUUUUUAUUCUAAAUCCUGUUUUCACUUUUUUAAAUAAUGUAUUAUUUUUUACAUAGGAAUACCUUAUUUUUAUUUAGAGUUUAUAGAGUUUUAAUUGUUAAUGGUUAUGAUUAUAUGAUCCUGAAAAUAUUA